AUGGACGUCGACGAGGACGUCGCGGCGGCGGCGGGCCAGCUCUCGCAGGCGGACAUCAUCGAGCGGCAAGCGGAGACCAUCGCGCGGCUGCAGCGGCAGGUGCGCAAGGGCAGCGAGUACAAGCAGCUGACCAAGUCCAAGCUGAAGGAGGCGGCCGCGCGCCUCAAGGAGUACCGCCUGCGCGUGGAGGCGCUGCAGGAGCAGCAGGACAAGGCCAAGAAGCAGCUGAAACGCGCGAGCUUAAAGGCGAAAAGGUCCGUGAAGGACGCUUUUACUCAGACGGACGAGAAGAGGAAGCUGACGCGUGCGAGUCAGACGCAGUUAAGUGGUGCCGUGCAAGGAGUUUACAAGAAGACGCUGGUGGACAAUGGCGUGCAGACGGUGGAGAUUUCGGUGGACAGUGGUGUGCCCAGGAAGAGAGGCAGAGACCUGGUGCCCAGGCUGUCGCGCGACCUGAAGGAGGUGGACACUCAGGCGCUGAUGGAGGACGUUGCUGCUGCUGGACAGGACGCAGCAAUGGUGUGGACGUCGACGGAGCCUCUGCAGCUGAAGAUUCCGAUGCUUGGGACGUCGGACGCAGCCUUCCCGCACGAGACGAGCGCAGCGUUGGACGCCGAGUUGGCGUUCAGUGACUCGGAGGACGGAGAGGAGGACGCUAGAAGGGAGAACGCUGCAGUGGAGACGAAGGAGGCUGAAGCUGGUGGAUCUGGAUUAAUUGGGGGCUUCGACCCGACGGUGUUGGACGAGAUCGACAAGGAGCUAGCCAGUAGCAGCGACGAGGACAAGGGUGGAGAAAGUGACGAGAAGAAGAGAGUGGACGCUACCGUGUCCAAUGGCAAGCGGACACUGAUGUCUAUCGACGAUGAGCUUGACGAUGAGUUUGCAGCUUUGGAUUCCGAGUCUGAGUCAGAGCAGGAGAAGAAGAUGACGGAUGGAAAGAAGGAGGAUUCAGGUUCCAGCUCCAGCAGUGGCAGUGAUUCAAGCGACAGCAGCGACAUCGACUCGGAUGAAGACGCGGACGAUCCAAUGAUUGGUACUGCGGACAAGAAGGGGGUGAGGUUAGCGCGCGGUGGAAUUGCCAUCGAGAAGAACGCAACAUUGGGAAUCAGCAGCUUCACAGCAACUCCAGUUGUUGCUGCGUCCAUAGAAGAGAUUUACUCUCCAAUAGUGGAAGUCGAGCCCCAGUCAAAGUUCCCCGAGCCUCUACAGCUGAAUGGUUCAGCAGAAGCAAUUAGCCAGUCAGAGGAAAAGCCCAGCGUUCAUUCUGCGUCUCAGCAGACACCAGUUCUAGCAGACGCUGUCAACGCGAACAAGGCUGCGGAUGAAGACGUCGUCAAUGCUUCUGGAACAAUCGGAGCCAUGGACAUCGAACCUUCGUCAUCAUUUGCGGACUCUUCAAGCAUAUCACCAUCGGAGCAGGCAACAGAACGAGCAAAUAUCGGCGACGCUGUGACAUCCAGCAAAAUGCAACUACAAAUUCCACCUCGGCAGAACUCCGUCAGUCACGACAAGGUGUUCUUGGCGCACAUCUGCGCUCUACACACGCACCUUUGCCAGUCAACAGAGCAGGUCAGUCGCUCUCGAGUGCUUCUCUUCGAUCUACUGCGGGGCAAUAUGGACAUCAGGGGGCUGUACUUCGCUGCGAUUAUGGUGGAGACCUACCCUGCGAUAAUGGAGCGAAGUUUUGACCAGCACUGCGUCGAGCGUCAGGAUAUACUAAAGGAAACUCUACUACAAGCUCUGACUGCUAUCGCUUGCGUGGCUGCUGAAAGGCAAGAGCUGUUACUGCACCAGUCGAGUCAUACGAUGCUGCAUCGCAUCGCUGAUGCCAUCCAGAUGCCUGAGCUGGAGGAAGUGAACGGAGCAGACCCAAACUUUGCGAAAAGAUGGGUGCAAACACUGUACGAUAAACUCGCGAUUACUGUCACAGCAGCGGAGUACUACGAGCUGGCCAAGAGUCUGGAGAUAUGCACAGCAGUGUUCGGCCUUGACGUCGUCACGCAGAUCUUUAGUAUCGAACGGUGCCAAGAGCUGUUUAGUUGUGGAGCUUUGGAGACCAAGGGUGGGGUCAUUUCGGUGAUUAGCCAUGUAGCGCUGGCUGUCGCAUCAAAGGCGAGUGAUACGCAGAACCCCAGGACUCGGACCGAGUGGUUUGUGGAUACCGUCAUCGACUGGCUGUACCACAUCCUAGACACAGAAUUGAGCGGUGAUGACGCUUCAACAGACGAUGGCUUCAAGCUGCUGGCCAAGUGUGCGGAAGCUUGUGUAGAGUUGACGCUGGAAUACUCGGGAGCGGCUGGGCUGGAUAUGCGUCGCCGGGUGUUGUCUGCAGUGGCACGCUGGUUUGACGCGGCAUCAUCCGAUCAACUUGUCGGUUUGCCGGCAGCAUUUUUGAGGCGACUUCGUCUAGCUGUGGUGGCUGCACGCCCACAGAUCAUGCGAGCAGCAGGCUAA